AUGGCAGCCCACUCCUCACCUCCCCGGAGCCUGGAGCCCCGGGGGACCCCUUUCUCCAGAGACAGACCUCAGGGCCCCUGCGGGAACAUGCCCAAUGUCCGCGACCACGAUGCCUCCAUCUACCUCCGCCUCCAAGGGGACGCCUUGUCCGUGGGCGGCUACGAGGCCAACCCCAUCUUCUGGGAGGAGGUGUCGGACAAGUUUGCCUUUGGCCUCUUCGACCUGGACUGGGAUGUGUUCACCCAGCACAUUGAAGGUGCCAUCAACCGGGUCCCCGUGCUGGAGAGAACGGGGAUUAAGUCCACAGUCUGCGGCCCCGAGUCAUUCACACCGGACCACAAGCCCCUGAUGGGGGAGGCACCCGAGCUCCGUGGGUUCUUCCUGGGCUGCGGCUUCAACAGUGCAGGAAUGAUGCUGGGAGGUGGCUGUGGGCAGGAGCUGGCCCACUGGAUCAUCCACGGGCGCCCGGAGAAGGACAUGCACAGCUACGACAUCAGGCGCUUCCAUCACUCGCUCACGGACCACGGCCGCUGGAUUCGAGAGCGCAGCCACGAGUCCUACUCCAAGAACUACUCGGUCGUCUUCCCCCACGACGAGCCCCUGGCUGGACGCAACAUGAGGACAGACCCCCUGCACGAGGAGCUCCUCGCACGAGGCUGCGUGUUCCAGGAGCGUCACGGCUGGGAGAGGCCGGGGUGGUUCAGUCCCCGCGGCGCGGCUCCGGUGCUCCCUUACGACUACUACGGGGCCUACAGGACGCCGGCGCACGAGGACUACGUCUACGGCAGGCUGCUGGGCCACGAGUACACCUUCGACUUCCCGCCCCACCACGACGUGGUAGGACGCCGCAGCCCUGAUGGGGUAGAAAGGCGGGCGUCCCCGCGGGCCGGCCCGCUCUGCCGGCUCCCUGCCGCCCCCGCCCCCGUUUUUGGCUGCCUCAGUUUCGUGGAGGAAUCGGUGAUGCUAUCCGCUGCCCUCCCCUCCCUCCGGCUGUACCAAGGCUUUGCCAGCGAAGCGGGCAGGUGA